UUUUAACUUGGCAACUCUAUGAAAAACUUAAAAUCCACUUGCUAUCGUGAGAAGCGGUCUAGUGAAAAAUAAGUGAACAUGGCUUCCUUGUGUAGACAAAUUGUACGCAUAAAUGCUCUCCGAAGUGUUCUUCUGUCCACCGCUCGACGGGGAUUUGCAGACAAAAUGAUGCCAGACCCCCUAGAGCACGCGACUGGUCUAGAAAGGAAAGAAUUGCUGGCGCUACAGUCAGGCAAUGACGACCCUUUCAACAUGAAGGUGCUGAAGAAAGCCGCCGGCACACGCGACAACCCCACACUCGUACCCUCAUGCUUCGACGCCCGUAUUGUAGGAUGUAUAUGUGAAGAACAUGCCACCUCAAUUAACUGGCUUUGGGUACAUAAGGAUCACCCCCGUCGCUGCGAGUGCGGACACUGGUACAAACUAAUCGAGAAGACGCCCCUCUAAACAACGCCGUUUCCAUUUAGUUUUACAAUUUAGUAGUGAUUAUAUUAACAGCAUUAUCGUAUGUGAGCGCUAAAGCUAAAAAUUCCAUACGUUCCUAAUUGAUGCGUCGAAGAAUCGACAUUAAUUAAAUAAUUGUAAGCAUUCAUCCAGUGUUUCAUUCGAUUCGUUACCCGCAGUGUUGUGUUAUCUGUUAACGGGAUUUAUUUUAUGUAGAUAAAAUUAAAAUUAUUAAAAAUCU